GCUCACUAUGGCUCCAGUCCCCUGGCCAUGCUGACGGCGGCUUGCAGUAAGUUUGGCGGCUCCAGCCCUCUGCGGGACUCAGCGGCACUGGGAAAAGGAAGCACAAAGAAGCCAUACUCUGACCUUUCAGCCCCCAAAGCCAUGGGGGAUGCCUACCCAGCUCCCUUUUCCAGCACCAACGGCCUCCUCUCACCGGCAGGCAGCCCUCCAGCCCCAGCCUCUGGCUAUGCCAAUGACUAUCCACCCUUUCCCCACUCAUUUCCUGGGCCCACUGGCGCCCAGGACCCUGGGUUACUGGUACCCAAGGGGCACGGCUCUUCCGACUGCCUGCCUAGUGUCUACACCUCUCUGGACAUGGCACACCCCUAUGGCUCCUGGUACAAGGCAGGCAUCCAUGCAGGUAUCUCACCAGGUCCAGGCAACACACCUACUCCUUGGUGGGACAUGCACCCUGGGGGUAACUGGCUAGGUGGAGGGCAGGGCCAGGGUGAUGGGCUGCAAGGGACACUGUCCGCAGGCCCUACUCAGCCUCCACUGAACCCCCAGCUGCCAACGUACCCAUCUGACUUUGCCCCACUUAAUCCAGCACCCUACCCAGCGCCCCACCUCCUGCAACCAGGGCCCCAGCAUGUCCUACCCCAAGAUGUCUACAAGCCCAAGGCAGUUGGCAAUAGUGGGCAGUUGGAGGGAAGUGGUGCAGGCAAGCCCCCCCGGGGUGCGGGCACCGGGGGCAGCGGUGGAUAUGCCGGCAGUGGGGCAGGGCGUUCCACUUGCGACUGCCCCAAUUGUCAGGAGCUAGAGCGGCUCGGGGCAGCAGCGGCUGGGCUGCGGAAGAAGCCCAUUCACAGCUGCCACAUCCCUGGUUGCGGCAAGGUGUACGGCAAGGCUUCACAUCUGAAAGCCCACCUGCGCUGGCACACUGGCGAGAGGCCGUUCGUCUGCAACUGGCUUUUCUGCGGCAAGAGGUUCACCCGCUCGGACGAGCUAGAGCGCCAUGUGCGCACUCACACCCGGGAGAAGAAGUUCACCUGCCUGCUCUGCUCCAAGCGCUUUACCAGGAGCGAUCACUUGAGCAAACACCAGCGCACCCACGGGGAGCCAGGCCCGGGGCCGCCCCCAAGUGGCCCUAAGGAGCUGGGGGAGGGCCGUAGCGUCGGUGAAGAAGAAGGCAGUCAGCCUCCCCGAUCUUCCACCUCGCCUGCACCCCCAGAAAAAGCCCCUGGAGGCAGCCCGGAGCAGAGCAACCUGCUAGAGAUCUGA